CCGGGGCCGGGGCCGGGGCCGGGGCCGGUGGCGGCGGCCCCCAACAGUGGCUUUCGCCCGCCUGUGCUGCAAGCGGUCCCGGACGGGGCGUCCCGGGGACCGCCGCUGCGGGCACUCGGCCCCCGAGCCCUGCCGGCCACGGAGCAGGGUGCGUGGCCCUGCGGGGAGCAAUCCCACCGGGGUUUGCCGGCAGAGCACGGAACAAAGAGGGGUGCUGGGGACCGCCGCCUCCGCGUGCGCGGAGGGCUGGCGCCGCUCAGCGCGGCUCGGAGGGCUCGGUCCGCUGCAUCAGAGCCGCCGACACACCGCAACGCAGUCACAGGGCUGCACGGCGGCCCGCCGGCCUCCUGCAAGAGCAAGCGCUAAAAAAUAAAAUUAAGAGAGGACGCGAGCACGGAGUCAAGCGGCAGCCCUCCGCAUCGGAAUCGGCGGGGGGGGGGGGGGGGGAGGGUGCAAGCCCCCGCCGCCCCCUGCCCUAGCUGCGCGUCCCUCGCCGCUCUCCCCGGCCGGGAGCCGACCGGAGGGCGGGCUGCGGCCCCCCCGCCCCCCCCGUGCCACGCAGGGGGUGGAGGGCGGGGAGGCCGGCCUCACCGCCCCCGGGCCGAGCCGGGGGUCGUACUCUCCCCCCCCCCCCCCCCCCCCACCGCCACCCGCGGCGGGCCGGCGGGCCGCCCCCCGUCCCCCCGCCCGCCGCGGCUCCCAUCCAUAAUUAAUCGCCUCCCCGCAGCCGCCGCGAUAAGAGAGGGCGGGCGGGGACGAGGAGGCGGCGGCGGCCGGGAGGCGGGGGGGGGGGAGCGUGUGCGCUCGCCGCGCCCGGCUCACUGCGGCCGGCGGCUGCCUGCCGUGCGGAGCGGAGCGGAGCCCAGCCGCCCCGUCGGGGAGCGCCGCGCUCGCAUGGCCGCGCCGCGCCGCGCCGCCGCCGCCGCCGCGGGGCCGGGGGGGGCCGCGGGAGGAGGAUGAGGCGGGCGGCGGGGCGGCGGCGGCGGCGGCGGCGCGGAGGAUGAAGUGGAGCGUGCGGGGAGCCUGCGCCGCGCUCUCCAGCUGCCUCCUGCUCGCCUGCGCCCUCAGCGCCGCCGCCGUGGGCCUCAAGUGCUUCUCGCUGGGCUCCGAGCUCAAGGGCGAGCCCUUCCGCCUGGGCACCGCCGCCGGCGCCUUCUACUCGGGGCUGCUACUGGCCGCCGGCCUCUCGCUGCUCGCCGCCGCGCUGCUCUGCUGCCGCCCGCCCGACGAGGCGCCCGCGGCGCCGGCGCCGGCCUCGGACCCGACCCCGGCCUCGGCCCUGGGCCCGGCCGGGGACCCGGACCCGACGGGCGGCGGCCCCGGCGGGGGGGAGGCGGCGGCCGCGCCGUCGGGGCCGGUGGAGAAGGCGCCGCCCGGGGGGCGGCAGAACUUCCUGCUGCUGGGGGUGCUGGUGUUCAUGCUGGGCGUGCUGAGCGCCUUCGCCGGCGCCGUCAUCGACGGCGACACCGUGUCGCUGGUGGAGAGGAAGUACUCGCACUACUGCUUGCUGCAGCCCGGCGGCGCGGCCCGCCCGCGGAGCGGCCCCGCGGCCCCCGACGGCUCCGCCGCGGCGCUCCGCUGCCAGAAGCUGCGGGACUAUCAGCAAGGCUUGGUACUCUCCACCGUCUUCAACGCGCUGGAGUGCCUCCUGGGCCUGCUCAACCUGCUCCUCGUCAAGAACUACAAGGCCUCGCAGCAGCGCGGGCGGCGGCGGCGGCGGCGGAGAGCGGCCCCGGCGGCGGCGGCGGCGGCAGGCGGGCGGCGGCGGCGGCGGCGCGGCGGCGGCGGCGGCAGCAGCGGCGGUGGGCGGCGGGCGCCGCGCCACAGCCAGGGCUCCCUCUUCUCCGGCGGCGAGCCCGAGCUCAGCCCCGGGGAUUGCCCCUUCCAGGCCGUCUCCUACAUCAACGUGGGCGUCUUCCACGUCUUCGACGAGGCCGGCGUGGAGGUGCACUGCGGCGGGCAUCCCUCCGUCGAGCUGCCCGGCUACUCGCCCAUGGACCCCGAGCUCAACGCCUCCUACCCCUACUGCUACCCGCUGCCCAGCGAGCAGCCCCCCGCCUACGAGGAGAUCUACCCCGGGGAGCCCUGCGCUCACAGCACCUAGCGCCGACCGCCGGCGGGACGCCCGGCUCCCUGCCCGGCCCCCGGCCCGCCGUGACAGCCGGGAGCGGGAGCGGGACCAGGCGCCGGACCGGGACCGGGACCGGGACGGGGACCUACAGCGCCUCGCAGCCGCGGGGCUCGGGGGCAGCCCUCGCACCACCGACGGGAUGGCCCCGCCGCCGCGGGCGCAGCGGGCCGCGGGCGGGGCGCCGCCGUGCCUCUGGCUCUGCGGAAGCUUCUCCUCCCUCCCUCCCUGCUGUCCCCUUCCUUUACCCCCUUCCUUCCCUCCCUCCCACCGACCCUCCGUCCGUCCGUCUGUCCCUCCGCCGGCGGCAGAAUUUUACAAAGGCUGCGCAAGAAACGCCUGAGGGUUGGUUCCUCCCGCCGCCUCUCCUCCGUAGCCAAGUUUAGUUCCCUUCAAGUGAUUCAUCAGUCUCCAGCUUUAGCAGUCCAGAGUUACCCAUUUAUGAUAACCAGCCAGUGUAAGGAAAAGGUGUCAUGAAGCUUCUUUACCUCUCAAAAGAGCUAAAUUUCUAAACAACGCAGAGACAUUUGUGUCACGUUUACUAGAGGUGUAUUGGGGAUCUUUAACGUUUACACUACUCCUUGGGAGAAUUGAGUUCUGUUUUAAGAUUUAGUGAGUUAAAACAUUCGUUGGUCUUGUAAGAUGCACAUUGAGAAAAACCUGCACUUUGAAAAAGAAACAGGAAAAAAAAUCAACGUUUUUGUACACUAACGUGCCUGCUUUUGUUGAUAACUUCUUACUGUAAAAGCUUUCAGAAGUCUAUAGUGAAAAUGUUUGGUAAAUUCACUGCAGUUUAAAAUUGAUGAUUAGUUCCUUUACUAAAACAACUGAGAUGUUGCUAGGAUAUGGCAGUUAAAAGGAAGUUCAAAUGUCAUACACAUUCCUUUUUGUAAACAGGUUCUGUGUUUUUAAUGCAAGGCAGGAUUUCUUUUUGGUUUACACAGGUGAAGGGUUUAAUUCUAUUUUGUACAACUACAUGGUUUACCUUGUAAAGAGUUCCAUUUUACCUGUUACAGUUCAUCAAUCUGGUAAGCUUGAAUAUUAAAAGUUUUAUUUGAAAUAUAUAUAUAUUGUAAAACAGCCUUAACUGGUGCAGUGGUCACAGUUUUAAAGGGGAAAAAAAAGAGAUAAACCAUCUUGGAAGACAUCUUCCAAAUGUGUUUUCAAAACAGUAUUUAUACUCCUAUUACAAAGCAAGAAUUUUCUUUUGUGUUUAAAAAAAAAAAAAGAGGCCACUAAUUCCUGAAAGGGGGGCGGGGGGGGGGGAAGACAAUAACGGGAUUGUAUGCUGUUAACUCUUUCUUAACUUAGAGGUAUUAAAAAGGCUUUCUGCAAAGAGAAAAACUGCUAAAUCCUCCUUUUGGAUUCUGUUGUGGAAUGCCAGUACCAGAUAGUUUAAGAAAGUGCUAAUUAAAGAGAAGCAGGUAUGGCAUAUUUUAGUACAUCAUUCAAGAACAGGUAAAGGCUUAAUUUCAUGUGGCACAAAGAACCAAAAAGCAACUCUUCAGAUUGCAUUUGGUUCAGUAUCCCCUCCCCCAGUUAUGGCAUACCGAAAUGAAAUGUUACAAAAUAACCUUUCUGUUAAUCCUGUGUUUGGAGCCUGCUGCAUAAUGCCAGUCUAUCAGCUACCCAGAGAGAGAGAGAGAGUUAAGGGAAUGCAAAGUUACAGUGUAUUUCUGUGGUUGAUGGAAAAUUAUUUUUAAAUUUCUAGCUGCAGAGAGACUGACGUAAUUUACAGCCUUAGAAUUGGAGGGAGAAGAUUUUAGCCUAAAAAUAUUGAAAUCUCUCUGCACUGUUUUGUUUUCUAAAGUGUUUUGACUUGCACACUUUGUAUAAUCUAAAAUGCAGAAUGCCUGAGAAGUCUUAAAAUUGCAAACCGAUGUCUGUGAAGCUCACAAUUAAAGCUCUAAUCUAGAGAAGACAGUUAAAAGCAGCAGUUGCCAAUUUGCCAAGUAGUUCCAAAUAGCAGAAAUUUAAAAUACAGCUCUUUCUGGCCAGCAGAUUUCCUUGUGCGGAAUGCCAGCCUAAAAUAUAUGCCCUAGCUAAGUCCCGUUUUAGUAUGGAAGAUUGGUUUUAUGCUGGCUCUCUGCAGAUGCACCUCCUUAACCCCUUAGGGGAAGUGAUUGGGAAGUCCUGUAGUCUUUACCUAUCCCAUAAAUAGUCACAAAACCUAUCCCAUAACAUACUGUAUUGCUCAUACAGCCAAGAUUUUGCAAAAUGAGUAACUAAAGCAAGGAGGCUAAAUCCUUAUGUAGGUCUCCAAUUAGAUGAGUUUAUGAGACAGCAUAGUACCCUGUACUGGAUUAAAUGGGAACUGCUAGGCUGCAGGGUGAUUUUGAGAAACAGACCAGCUAGGUGCCUAAAUACAGAUGCAGAAGUGUAGUAAUAGUUGUUGGCUUUAAAAAAAUUGGCUAUAUACAUUGUAGUUCAUGGACGUUGUAUCUUAAUUUUACUUAAGGAAUUGAUUUUUGACAUAAAAAGACAGUAUUUUACGUGAGACUAUUUUAGGAAUUUUGAACUAGACAAUUCUGAAACUCCAGAUGUUCCAAAGAUCAGUGCUCAGGGAAAUAAACGGAAAGUCAAGAAAGCUACCUAUUAUACUCAAUUGUUUAAAUGUAAGAAAUUUUAAACUAUGAAUUUUUAAGAUUGUUAAAUUCAUAACUUUUUUUUGUGUGUGUGUGUGUGUACGUACAUGCAUGUGUAAGUGUGUUUGUGUUUUAUUUAAGUCUGUUCAGAAUACCAUUGAAUUAGGAUAUUUAUUUGUGGCUCAGUUUUAGUUCCCAAAUUCCUACUUUUCUUCAUUUGGGCUUUUAUCCCCUGUAAUAGUUUAAUUUAGUGGUGGACAGAUUGCCAGAAUAACGUCCAAGCUGGACUCCCACAGAAGCCAGUAGGCGUCAUUUCAUUGACUUCAUUGGGUCUGGGCACAAAUGAUAUGUAACACCUACUCUAAAUAAUCUUUAAAGUAAUAUUGAUCUUCUGGCAUGACAGGAUGCAGCAGUGGCAUAUUAUUUCUCAGUUAUUUAUUAUUUGUAUGGACAGCAGUAUUAAGGGAGGUCACCUAUGGUUACACACGGUUUUUAAAAAACAGGAAAAAAAAAAAAAUUGGCAGCCAAAUUGACCAAACAAGCCAUGUUUUCUUAAAGAUGGUAUACAAGUGUUUCAGGUAUCUGGUGACUACCUUUUCUGAUAAAACACCACAUGUAUUUAUUUCUCAGUGAGAAGAAACUUAUAAAUACAGGAUACAAGAUGAAGCUUCACAAGCAUGAUUGCAGUGUUGUGAAGCCAUUUUUAGUAAACCUGAAUCAUCACUCUAUCUUCUGAGCAAUAAUGUUAGAGUGUAUAAACUGUACUGUGCCGAAAUUGAAAAUAGGCUGGUGUGGGAAGCAUCAGAGCGUACAUUAAUUACCUGAGAGGACUCAUACUGUCCCUUUAUUUUCCAUUCCCUGUCACAUGAUUGUCGAGGUGAAUGCAAGCCUGAUCGAUUCAUGUCACUGGAGGACGUUAACUGCAAGGCUUUUGCCUUAAGUAGCAAAACCAGGGGGAACGGAAGAGAAUCAUGUAUGUGCUGUCAAAUCUCCAUUUUGCUUAGCUGAAGUAAUGACAAGACUGCUUUUUGUCCCAUGGCUUUUUUAAAUUUGCUUACAGCUUUACUCGCAUCUGUUCCAAGGGAGAGAAGAACAGACACAAUACUGCUGUUUUGGUCACAGUGAAGGAAGUACUGACUUGGUAGCAGUCUGCUCGCAGCUUUCCUGUCCCUUUUGCAGGUAAUAGCGGCUAGUCAAGGGAUGAAACAGUGGAAAAUCUAGUCUGCUGUCUUUGAUGCGACAGGAUUUGCCUUCAUGUGGAAAAAAUGUAUUCCCACCAGCCUAUUAGCAAUUCACAUGAAUUAUUUUCACACUCCAACAUCCUUGCUUAAAUCUGUUACUUAUACUUUGCAUUGUAAUUGACAGACAGAAUAUAUGUGAAUCUAAAAACAGGAAAAAAUGAUGUUAGAGGGAAAUUGUAUGGAAGUAGUACAGAUUUCACUCAAAAGUUUGAUUUCACUGUAGGACUUCUUUGGUUCACCAAAAAGCGCUAUGGUGGCUGGUAUAACUUAGAUAUAUUUCAGACAUACUGUUUAAUCAUCAGAAAAGGUUUCUGAAUGUUCACAUGAGAACGGCAAUCUGUUUCUGCUUUUGGACAUAGUACAUAUGAAAACCUUUUCUUCAUUUUGCCAUUUAAUCCAAGAUUGAUCCUCAAGAAAAUGUCAGUAAUUGAUCUUGUAAUUUUAGGAUCAAUAAAAUACGUUUUAAAGCACAGCA